AUGGUUAUCAGAUUGUUGUUUUUCGUGUUAUUUUGGGUGACGGCGUUUGGCGUUGCUCCUGAAGUAAGCGAACCACGACCAUUUUUCGUGUUCGGCGAUUCUCUGGUUGACAACGGCAACAACAACUACUUGUUUACCGGUGCACGCGCCGACAGCCCUCCAUAUGGCAUCGACACUCCCUUGCAUCUUCCAACUGGCCGUUUCUCCAAUGGCCGAACCAUCCCCGACAUUCUUAGUGAAGUUAUCGGAUCGGAGCCUGCUCUUCCAUAUCUGAGUCCGGAAUUGACAGACAAAAAGCUUCCUUUGGGUGCAAACUUUGCUUCUGCCGGAAUCGGAAUACUCAACGAUACUGGAAUGCAGUUUGGAAACAUACUUCGAAUGCCUGUACAACUAGAGUACUUCAGGGAGUACCAAAGAAGACUGACUUCUUUAGUAGGCCAAAAACAAGCAAAGGAUAUCGUAAACAGAGCUUUAGUACUUGUUUCAUUAGGUGGUAAUGAUUUCGUGAACAACUAUUACUUGUACCCGUUCUCGGCUCGGUCUCUACAGUUUACUGUUCCUGAGUAUGUCAUCUACCUCAUGUCUGAGUAUCGCAAGAUAUUGAUGACAAUGUAUAAUUUAGGAGUUAGGCGGGCGAUACUGAUGGGGUCUGGACCACUGGGAUGUGCACCAGGGGAGAUAGUACAACAUAGCCUAGAUGGUGAAUGUGCACCCGAACUUCAAGCUGCAGCCCAGAUAUUUGAACCACAACUUGCUCAAAUGGUUCAAAAUCUUAAUCAUGAAUUGGGUGCUGAUGUUUUUGUUGCAGCCAAUACAAAACUCAUGCACAAUGAUAUAAUCACAAAUCCUCAAGCUUUUGGUUUUGAAACCUCAAAAACGGCUUGUUGUGGUCUAGGACCAUACAAUGGGAUACCUGGUUCAUGCAACCCGUCUUCAAACUUGUGCAAUAACAGAGACAAAUUUGUGUUUUGGGAUUCCUUUCACCCGACUGAACGAGCAAGCAGAUUAAUCGUGGAGCAGAUGAUGAAUGGUACAGACGAAUACAUGAAACCCAUGAAUCUCACAACCAUCAUGUACUUGGAUUCCCAUAUGUGA